AUGUCGAGACUUUUGGUAUUUGAUAACAAUGGCUUAAUUAAUAGAAUCAUUACAGAAUGCUUGAAAACAUUAAUUGGUAGAUGUUAUAAAUCAGAAAGUACAAGAACGACCAAAAAUAUAAAAACUAGUCAUUAA